GUUCGACCGAUAUCGAGCAAUAUAUUAAAGAUUAAGAGAUGCCAAGGAAAUCUAAUGAUACAGCACGUAUAGAAACAACACGCUCUCAACAGAAUUCCACUAGUAUUCCCUUAUAUUUCCCUCGAUUUCCACGUAAAUCUUAUCUGGGGAGGUAUGGAACAUCAUUGACUAUGGCAAAAACCUCUAUAGUGGAUUUGGAAGAGUUAGAAACAAAUGAUACAGUUAAAGAACCAUCUUGUGACACGAAUGCUGAGCCUUCUAUAUGUCCGGACGGGCUUUCUAUAGUAUUGGAAGAUCAUAGUGAUAAAUUUGUAGAUACGAGUGUAAAUGGGUCAGAAACAAGUAUACAAAGUUUAUCGGAUGAAAAAUCAUUAGAUUCAGUAGAAUCAUUUGAGAAACAGGCGCAUACAGUUUGUGAUUCGAAACAAGCAGAUGUUAUUUCACCGACCCAGCAAACUGAAUGGAAAAGAGAGUCUGUUAUCUCGAUAACUAAAGAUGUUAAUAUUCAGGUUGAUAAUGAAAGAGAUAUAUGUAAUAAAGAGGAUGAAAUUUUAUCAUUGGAUCAGGAAUUAAAAGAGAAACAUAUGGAUCAUAAUCAAUUAUAUGAGAAGAAAGAAGAAGCUAACAAUAAAGAAGCAUUGGGAGGAUCAGUUGAUGAAUCAUAUUGUUUACAAAAAAAUGAAGAAAAUAUGCAAGAAGAGUCAUGUAAUCAUGUAUCGUUAAGCAUACCAGCAGAUGAUAGUUCUUCUGAUGUUCAAGCUUCUCAGAAAGAUUCUGCAUUACUAGCUGAAGAAUCUUAUAUUUCGCUUUCAAUAUAUCCUAAAGGAGAUAAACUUACACCACCAUCACUUCCUGAUGAUUUUUCUGACCAAGAAAGAGCUUAUGCUAUGCUAACAAUUAAAGAAUGGGAAGAUAAAGGGUUGGAAAUCUCGAAAAGAGGUUUUCAAUUAAUUGAAAAAGUUAUUUUACUGCGAAAGAGGAAAGAAGAGCUUCUUUUUGAAGUACAAAAUAUGAUUGAUGUACAUGCUGAAAAGCUUAUUCAACGAGAAGAAAGUUUACGUUUACGAGCAUUAGAUGUUAAAAAACGUGGGAGGGAAUUAUUGGAUAAUGUAGGUUCAUAAUGAAUUAAUAUAUAUAUAUGAUAAUAGGUUUGAUGCUUUAUAU